UCAUGGUGAUUAGCUUUUUAUUUCUUUCUGCGUUUUGUUUCCUAAAGAAAUAGCUCUUCAAAUCUAUCUAGGACUAGUCAAAUUCUCAUUAUGUCUCUUUUCUUUGCACAUUCCUGAUGCUUAUUUGGAAAAGUCCAUUUUAUUACCCUCGCCAAUCCACUUUGUUUCUCUAACCCCUCAAAAAAAAUUUAGGUUCAAUUUGCUCAUCAAAUUAUUUUGGUUGGUUCAAUCUACCCCUAAUGGGAUUUGUCUUUCUUUUUUCUCCAUGUACGGGUUUAGUUUUAAGAUCAAACUUUGCGUGCGGAUACCAGAUAGAGAUGAUGCCUUAUGUUAGGAAAAAAUAUUAAAAAUGUUUACGGUUAUUUUCAUAGGUUAGGAAUAUUUAGAGGGUGUUUAGUUCCAAAAAAAUUUGCACUGUACACGUUGCAUCGAAUCUUCGGACAUAUGUAUGGAGCAUUUAUAUACAGUAGAAAAAAUAACUAAUUACACAUUUUAACUGAUUCAUACAACACGAAUCUUUUAAACCUAAUUAGUUCAUAAUUAGACAUUAAUUGCCAAAUAACAACGAAAUGUGCUAUAGUACCAGAACCCAAACUUUUUCACCAACUAAACACCCACUUAAUACAAAAUUGAUUCUAGAGAUACAAAAUUGCAUGAAAGUAAUUGUGAAAACUUCCUAAAUUAUUUUUCUAACAUAAAAUAUCAUGUGAAAAGUCAUCUUGCAAAAUUUGAACUUCAACUCAACUCAUGCGGAGAGAUAGAAAGGAGAAAUUUUAUUAAGAGGUAGAUUUGACCAACUGAAAUGGUUUGAGUGAGUACAUCAAGUCUAAAUUGUGGUCAGGAGAUUAAGUGGACAAAGUAAAAUGGUGGAGAUAGUAAUAUGGUGGUCUUAUUUCAAUACGUGAAUAAAGCCCCUUUUAUCUAGAUAGAAAAAGUUUACCAUGUUCUUAGUUUUGUUCUUUGCCAAAAAAUAAAAAAAAUCAUAUCAGUAAAUGAGCAAUCUUGUUGUACCUGUACCUAUACCUAGGACAGCGUCACUCGUGUCUAGCAUGGCUGGAAAAAAUUGGAAGGAUAAUUCUGUCAACAGAGCACGAGAAAAAAACACUGAAAACAAGAUAGAUGGUUUUGGAAACACCGAUAAUUCUUCCUUAGAGGUAGGUGUGCUUUCGUAUUUGUGAGCACCUACACAAUCCCAUCAACUGCAAAAAAACGGGAUGUCCCGAAUUGGUAAAAGCGGGAUAUCCCGAAUAAAUACAGGAAAUACGAAAACGAUCGGAAAAAUAGUCAAAUCAUUUCCAUCCCAAUUCCGAAUUUGAUAUUCCCGUACCGAAUCCGAAUUUGUUCGAAAAUUACGAAAACGAGCGGGUAAAAUAUAGAAAUCUGAGUGGAACGGAACGAGAUUUAUUCCGACAUUUUCAACCCUACCUACACUACAUUUGUUUUUUUUAAAAAAAGGUUGUACCUCAUGAUAGAAAUCCUCCAAAUUUCAAUAUUUUUGGCUAUUUGAAAUUCCUGUAAGAGUAAAUUUCACCGGUGGUCCUCGAACUUGUUCCGCGUUCUCAUCCCGGUCCCGGUACUUGCAAAACGUGCAUUCAACAUCCUAAACUUGUUUUAUUGUAUCAUUGCUGGUCCAAACAGCCCCCCGCGCGCGUCCGACAGCUGACACCGUGGAUUUGGCGGGAUUUUUGCCGCCUUUGCUAUCACGUGGGGCAUGCGUGUAAGUCUGGGCACAGGUAAAAUAAGCAGAAACCCCCCUGACGUUUCCUCACUCUUAUUUCGCCCCCCUCCUCUCUUCAUCGAUCAGACUACCAUAGUGGCGGCAGCAAGGAACACAAAGCGGCGGCGGCGGCGGCGAGGAACACGAAGCGGCGGCGACGAUGAGGAAGGCUGCUGCUUGGCCCAACCAAAGACCACGGCAGUGGGGAGAGGGUUGGGCGGGUGUCUCCAUCACCCUUGUCCUCUUCCCCAUGGCCCCACGGAGGCGAAAGGAAGGGGAACCACCCCCUGAAUACGGUCCCAAAUCUAAGAUUUUUCCGGUAGAAGUUCACCAUGGUGGAGUUUUUAGUGGCAUUGGAGUUGACCGUGCCUAUGUAGGUGGACAGUUGGAUUGGUUUAAUAAUGUGGAAGCUAGUAGUUGGUCUUAUUUCUGGAUAGAGGAAUUCAUAAUGCUGCUUAACUAUGGUUUUAGUCCCAGAAAUCUAAAAGUGUAUUGGUUAUUGUCUGGCAAGGAGUUAUCUGAUGGUUUAAGGACUUUAGCAUCUGAUCAUGACAUUGGGAAAAGCAGCAGCAGUAGCAGUUAGGCAAUCAAAGGUUCAAGAUGUUGAUUCUGACGAUGAGGACUUGGGUCUUCCUGAAGAUUCUGAUGGAGAAGGUGGUGUCAAAUUGAAGUUAAAGAGCUUUAUGCCAGAUGACCUCAACAAUCCAACAUUUACUAUUGGUAUGUGCUUUCCUUCUGUAGAGAUGGUGAGAAAAGCUGUGACAGAGUACAGUUUGAGGCAUAGAGUUGACAUCAAGAUGCCUAGGAAUGACAAGACAAGAAUAGGUGCCCAUUGUGCACCUGGCUGCCCAUGGAAAUUAUAUGCAGCAAAGGAUAGCAGGGCAAAUACCAUCAUGGUGAAGUCCUAUGUUGGAGAGCACAACUGUAGAAGGGAGUGGAUUUUGGAAUAAUGCACUGCAAAUUGGCUUGCUGAUAAAUACAUUGAGAGUUUUAGAGCUGAUGACAAGAUGACCUUGGGCAAUUUUGCUAGGGUUGUUCAAAAGGAAUGGAAUCUGACACCUUCAAGGAGUAAGCUAUCAAGAGCAAGAAGAUUAGCCCUAAAUCAGAUUUAUGGUGAUGAGAUUGAGCAAUACAAUAAGCUUUGGGACUAUGGAUGUGAGAUUAGAAGGUCUAACCCUGGUAGCACAUUGUUCCUAAGGCUAUCAGAUGGGCACUUCAACAACUUGUACUUUGCACUUGAUGCUUACAAGAGAGGAUUUCUAAGUGGCUGCAGACCAAUUAUUUGUUUGGAUGGAUGCCACAUCAAGACUAAAUUUGGUGGGCAACUUUUAACUGCUGUGGGAGUUGACCCAAAUGACUGUAUAUUUCCAAUAGCAAUGGCAGUAGUAGAAGUAGAGUCCUUGAGCACAUGGAAGUGGUUUCUAGAAACACUCAAAGAAGAGCUCAACAUUGGCAACACAUAUCCCUGGACCAUUAUGACUGACAAACAAAAGGGUCGCAUACCUGCAGUACAACAAGUCUUUCCAGAAUCAGAGCAUCGGUUUUGUGUCCGACAUCUGUACCAAAACUUCCAGGAACAUUUCAAAGGUGAGAAUCUUAAGAAUAAGCUAUGGGCAUGUGCUAGGUCGAGUUCUGUUCAACAGUGGAAUAUUAACAUGGAGGCCAUGAAGGUUCUUGACUCUGAUGCACACGCUUGGCUUGAGAAAAUGCCACCAAACACUUGGGUAAGGGCUUUUUUCAGUACUUUCCCUAAGUGCGACAUCCUUCUUAAUAACAGUUGUGAAGUAUUCAACAAGUAUAUACUUGAUGCAAGAGAGCUACCAAUACUCAGUAUGCUUGAAAGGAUAAAGGGACAGCUCAUGACUAGAUUCUACAGCAAGCAGACAGAGAUCAAUGAGAAUUGGACAGGACCUGUUUGUCCAAAGAUCAGAAAGAAGCUAUUGAAGAAUUCAGACUAUGCUAACCUAUGUUAUGUGAUGCCAGCUGGUAAGGGCAUUUUCCAAGUGCAGUAUAAGGGUGCUGACUAUAUUGUUGAUAUUUGCAACAAGACAUGUGAUUGCAGAAGAUGGGAUUUGACAGGAAUCCCAUGCAACCAUAUUGUGGCCUGUCUUAGGCAUGAAAGGAUUCCUGCCGAGGAGGUACUCCCAGUCUGCUAUUCCACUGAAACAUUCAACAAGGUGUAUGGUUUUAAUAUAAUGCCUUGUGCUGACAAGAACAAUUGGGAAAAGACCAAUGGACCUAAAGUACUACCACCUGUGUAUGAGAAAAAGGUUGGGAGGCCACCUAAAUCUAGGAGGAAGCAGCCCCAUGAGGUGCAAGGCAAGGAUGGCCCAAAGCUGUCCAGACAUGGUGUUAUCAUUACUUGUAGCUGGUGCAAAGGCCAACAUCACAAUAGAGCUGGAUGCAGUCUUAGGAAGCUGGGAGUUAAUCCUAUUGCUCAUAGCAAUCCAAAUCCUGUUAUUGAUGAAAAUGUGCUAGAUGAUGAACCUGUCAUCACCCAGGAAACUGGUCACUCGCAAGCUGCACAUGUUCAACUUCAGGACACCAUGUUAUCACAAAUGAUACAAGAGGCUUCAAGUAUUGUUGCUCCAUACCAACCUCUAGGAUCUCUGCCAGAUUGUUCUUAUAUUGCAGCCAACCAACCUGUUCCACGGCCUAUUCCACCCACCACUGCAUCCAAAGCUGUCAAGGCAGCACUGAACAAGCGCAAGGCUGCUGGAAACAAGUCGAAGGAUGCAACAGGGAAGAAAGCAAAGGCCACAAGGAGUAAGACUGUGGGUAACGCUACAAACAGUGGCGGAAGCAGAUUUUCAACUUAGGGGGGGCUUGGUUCUUCCUCCUCUCUAUCUCCACUCAUUUCUUCACCUUGUUUUUCUCUUUUUCUCUCAUAUUUCUUCUUUGAUUUCAAUGGAAGUUUGGGCUGUAGGGGGGGCUAGAGCCCCCCUAGCCCCCCCUGUAAAUCCGCCCCUGGCUACAAAGAAGAAGUAAUCAAGAAGCCACCUUUUGUGAAUGGCCGCUUCUACUGACCCAUUUUGUGAAUGAAAGAAGCUGAGCUGACCCCUUUUGUGAAUGAAAGAUAGAUUUCUUUUGUGAUGUAAUUUGCUCCAAAACUAUGUCUGGAAGCUUACAUCAUUUAAUAUCUCCUAGCUAGAUGUGUCGAAGAGUUGUUUGAGCUCUGUAAAAGAACUAAAUCAGGGCUCUGAUCCAUGGUGCUAGCACCAAAAACCUUAUCUGGA